AAGAUACUGGCAUAUCAGAAGCUUCAUUCAUUCAUUGCUCCACCAUCUACAAAGCACACCGGAUUCUUCGAUUUCCUAAGGCAUAAUUCUGUUCCCUUUGGUUAGCUCAUGAGAGCCUAGACCUCUCCUAUUCAGUAUGCCUGCCCCCUCAUACCCUCUUCCCACGUCACCAUCACCAGUUCAGCUCUAUCGUCAUCUACUCCGAGAAUGCUCUUACCUCCCUCCAGCCUUUCGAGCUGAGAUUGCGUCUACAAUUCAAGAUCGUUUCCAUCGUCAUCGCAAAUAUGACACGCGUGCAAAAGCUCAUCUUGCUCGAGCCUACACGGCUCUGCGAACGCUGCGAGCUGCCAAUAGCGGCGAAAAAGCAGCAAUGGAGAACCUGAUAUUCAAAGGUUUUGGGAGGUCAGGAAGUAGGCGACGAGAACUAAUGGCUCAAUUUGUGAUUCCGCAAGGCCCCAAAGAUUCGAGGGCUCUCGAAGAAGCUCUUGAUUCAGCAAGGAGAAGCAGCGAAGCUAACAAGGCUUCUUCAUCAACGACACAUGCUACAGCGGAUGGCACCGUCAAAGCCAAAAAGGCAUUUUUCGAGAAAUGGGACCAACAGAAGCUUAUGAGAAUUCUGCAAUCGCAGCGACAGCAGCAAAGAGACACAAAGGGUACGGCCAGCUGGCCUGGGACUCCGGUUAAGACGCUUGAUCCGGACCAAUUCAUUCCUAAAGAGACCAUUUGGGGGAAACCACCUGGAGAAAAUCUGAAGCAGACGAAAAGGGCCAACUGGUGGCGACGAAAUGCUGAAAAGAUUAUGCCUCCUUUGGGCAGAGGUGAAUGGGAGAUGCUCAAGGAGCUAAGCAAUGGAGGCCAGGAGAGGGGCGAGUGGCAGAUACCAGAAAGGCGCCCACUUGCAAACUCUUUGGCGGCGACAGAAGAGAUAACGGCACAGACAAGAUGGAACUGGAAAGGCUAUGCUACAAAGCCGACGGCCAUUGUCGAAAAGCCGAGAUCUCUAAAGCAACAGCGGCGAACUGGCCAAAAGGACAGCGGUCCAUAUAGUGUCAAAGAUCGCGACCGCAACUUGUCAACAAGAUGGUUUCAGAGAGCCUACACUAGAGCAUGGCAACUUACACCAACAAUGACACAGGAUCCCAACACGCUCAAAUACUCAUUUACAUGGGGUAGCAUCCAGUCACGGCUCCCUCCAGCGGCCAAGCAUCAACUCGACAUCUUCGAAGGCGUGGAUGAGAACGGCCGUAAACAGAAAAAGACUGCAUCGUCGUGAAGACAUGAACUUUUUUAUUUACGGC